UGAACGUGCCUCAGCCUCGCACAAUGGAGAAGUACAGCGCGUACAGGGAUCCGGGGACAGGAAUACAGCCAUUCCUCACUCCCGUUCCUCCCCUUACCUCCAACAACUUGACCACUCUUGCUGUGCCCCUUGUAUACGCUCUUGGUGCAGUACGAUUUGUAUUGUUUCUCGCUCUGGUUCUGGUCCAUGUUGUACUCGUAGACGGUCUUUGCCUUGUGUUCCGGAUACUUCCACCACUUCAUAGGCUCAUAACCGGAAUCUUGACGAAGAUUACCACUCGCGCUAUCCUCUUCGUAUGCGGCUUCUUUUGGAUCCCGGUGGAGGUCGUGACACGGCAGCGAGGCCGCUUGGCUCAGAAGCCAAUCCCAUGGCGCCCCAGAGCGGGGGAUAUCAUCGUCAGCAACUGGGUCUCUUGGAUCGAGUUGCUAUGGCUCGCAUUCCAAUUCAAUCCUAUCUUUGUCUACCCAACAGUUGACGCGCUACCAAAGACACCCGCGCAGACGUCUCCUCCCUUGCCCGUCUCGCACACGCCUGGACGUCGAACUGGAACCGGCUCCGCCGCGAUCACUGCUCCAGCGACGCGCGAUGCCAUGCCGCGCGCACAUAUUACGGGCUUCCGCACCGCGUCGCUCCUGGAGAUGGUGCGCUCGACCGGGAGCGUCCUGCCCCAACCAGGCCAAGGCCGCCCACUGGAGGACAUCCGGAGGGCAGCGAACCGGCCGAUCGUUGUUCUCCCCGAAUGCACGACGAGCAAUGGGAGAGGACUCCUUCGCUUCGCGGACGUGUUCCGGCGCACGACAACGCCGAAGAACUGCAAUGUCUUCGUGAUGUGUACGAGAUGCGACCCGCCGACUGCGUGGACGCCAACACCUACUUUGUCCAUUCCGUCGACCACGCUUAAUCCUCUCGCUCACGCUUUCAAGCUCUGCGCCACGUUGAUACCGCCAACGCUAUCCAUUCGUUUGCUUUCGAUGGCAGAGCUCCCGAGUACGGGUACCUUCAUCGCGAGCGAGGUUCUCGGCGCCAGCUCCCCCGCGCUUGGGAGCGAUGGACAGUUGACAGAAGUCUGCGCAACACUCAUUGCGCAAAUCGGGAAGAUGAAGAGAGUGGGUUUGGGCUGGGAGGAUAAGCUGGCGUUCUUGGAGUUUUAUCGUACCAAGCGAAGAUAGCACUCGACGACGAUUAGCAAAUGCCGCCAGUGCUUUUGGGUUCAGAAGCGUCAUCUUGUGGUGGAUGAAGUCAAGUUCUCUCUGUUUGUAAAGAAGAGCAUCUUGUCACAAGCUAUGCGCGACCGUUGCCACUGAUACAGAAAGCUAAGACCAGG